AAGAGUAGCAUGAAGGGCUAUCCUUUGGAAGAUAUAUAUGCUGCACUUGGACACACAAAGGUUAUUAACAGUGUGUUGGUGCCAACUGUGGGUGAGGAAAUCAUGCUGGCUCGUAUAAUUGAUGAGGAGCGAGAGUAUCAUUGUGAGGGAAGCACAAGUGAUACUUGGAACCACUGGCUAAAUGUGAAGCAGAAGAAUAUAUUUUGGAAAGAGCUAUACGACUUAGAUGUUGCUGCACGAGUGUUUAAAAAAAAGAAGGACAAAGAAAAGGUGACGUUUUUAGAAGAUUCGUCUUCUAAAUCUGGGUUGGAGAGCUUGAAAGCUCUGGAAGAAAGGAUUUUGGGGGCCAUGAGUGAAGGGUUUUCUGGUCUUAAAUUAGUGGUGGAGACAAAGCUGGGUGAUAUGGAUGUGAAGAUGAGUAAAUUUGAAAAGAACCAGCGACAACUUAGAAGAAGGGCUAAGAAAAUAGAAGAAAAGCUGACUUCUAUUGAGAGCAAGAAAAAUGAGGAGAGGAACUAUGGUGAAGAUAUGGAUUUUGGACAUAAGGAUGGUGAGAAAGACAAGGGAAAUGUGGAAGAUGAUAUGGAACAAGAUGACGAAGAGGAAAAGCAAGUUGUGGAGAAAGGGACUGGAAGCAGUGAAGAAGAGAAUGAGAACAAGGCUGAUAAAACAGAGCUGGGAACUAGGGAAGAAGAUGAGGUAUCUGAAGAAGAUUACGAUACUGAGGAAGAGGCUGAGAAGAGGAGAGUAGAGGCGGAUGCGUUAUGGAGGAGUAUUCUUUCUGAAGAGGCUGAGUAUCUAGAGAAAGAGGCUGAGAAAGUUGCCAAGGGAACUCCUACACCACCACGUGGUAGACCGAAGAGAUUGGCCGCGAGAAAAAUAAUACUUACACCACCAGAGGAGUUUUUAAGAGGACCAGCGGUAACUGAUCCAUCACCUAUCGAGACUGAAAAAGGGGCUGAGGAGAUGGCCGUUGAAGCUGAAGAAAGUGACGAGGAGAGUCCCACCGAGAAAAAUGCUGAAGAAAUGGUGGAGGAAGAAGAAGCUGUGGAGGAGAGUCCCACCGAGAAAAAUGCUGAAGAAAUGGUGGAAGAAGAAAAAGCAAUAGAGGAGGAAAAUGUUGAAAAAAUGGUGGAGAAAGAAGUUGUGGAAGAAGAAGCUAUGGAAGAAGAAGCUGUGGAAGCAGAGGAAGUUGAGGAAGAGGCAGAUAAAGUGGUUGAGAAAGAGGCUGAGACAGUUGUUGAGGAAGAGGAUGAAAAAUACACUGAUGAAGAAAAGCAAUUGUGGGCCUUGGUCAUUUACAAGGCUAGUGAGGAGAUGGCGGAUGAGACCAAUGAGGUGAGGAGAGAUGGAACCAGUGAGGUGAGGACAGGGUUCAAGCUUAGGUGCAAACAAAAGAUAAUAAUGUAUGGCAAACCAAGGAAGGUUACAGCUAAGAAGAGACACAUACCAAGUAACGAAUCAGCACCUGUGAUUGCACGUACGCUAAGGGAGAAGAGAAAACCUCAGUGGCUGCAGAGUCCCUACACGCAGGUGAAGACCGAAGACAUUGACGGGCCUAAGAAGAAGCGUAAAACAAAGGCUAAGGAGGCCUCUGGAAAUUAUUUAUGUAUUUGA